UUCAUAUAUUUGAACACAGCUCAAUUAUUUUUCACAAUGAAACUAAUUGUACUAAGCGCUUUGGUUGUUUUGGCUGCAGUAGCUGCAACUGAAACACAGAACCAAAAUGUUGUAUGCUAUGUUGGAACCUGGGCAACGUAUCGUUGGGGAAAUGGUAAAUACGAUGUUGAACAUAUUAAUCCUCAUCUCUGCACACACUUAAUGUAUUCAUUCUUUGGAAUUACGGAAAAUGGAGAAUUCAGAGUCAUUGAUGCAUAUUUAGAUCUUGAAGAAAACUGGGGUCGUGGAAACAUAAAAAAAUUCAACGCUCUCAAAGAAAUAAAUCCAAAACUUAAAACUUUAGCUGCUGUCGGUGGAUGGAACGAGGGUUCAAUUAAAUUUUCAGAAGCUGCCAAAGAUCCAGUUAAGAGACGCCGUUUUAUUGAUACCUCAAUUGAAUUUGUUUUAAAACAUAAUUUCGAUGGUAUUGAUAUGGAUUGGGAAUAUCCAGCUCAAAGAGGAGGUGAUGUUGCAGUAGAUAAAGCUAAUUUCGUUAUUUGGAUGAAAGAAUUUAAAGAAGAAUUGGAAAAACAUGGUCUACUUUUAACAACAGCUGUCGCUGCCGCUAAAUUCUCUGCAAGCCAAUCAUACGAUAUUCCAAACAUGUCUAAAUAUUUUGAUUUAAUUAAUAUUAUGGCUUAUGAUUUACAUGGUACAUGGGAUACAACUAUCGGCAUUAACGCACCACUAUAUGCUGGCCCAGCUGACAUUACUGAAACACAAAAACAAUUGAAUGUAGAUAGCUGUGUUCGAUAUUGGUUAGAGCAAGGAGCCCCUCCACAUAAAAUCGUAUUGGGUGUUCCAUUAUAUGGACGUAACUUCGCUCUUGCAAAUUUGGCUGAAACUAAACCCGGUUCACGUUUUAAUGGUCCAGGACAAGCAGGUCCAUAUACAAGACAAGCUGGCUUUAUUGGAUAUAAUGAAAUUUGCGAAAAUUUCAAAGCAGAAAAAUGGACUCAAGUUUGGGAAGAAACACAACAAGUACCAUACGCAUUCCGUGAUAAUCAAUGGGUUGGUUAUGACGAUGUAAAAAGUAUUGAAUUGAAAGCUCAAUAUGCAAAAGAUCAUAAAUUAGGUGGUAUCAUGGUUUGGUCAUUAGAAACUGACGAUUUCAAUGGAAUUUGCGGUGAAAAAUAUCCUUUAAUGAAAGCAAUUAAUAGAAUUAUAAGAGGUAGUGCUCCUCCAGAUCCUUCAACAACUUUCGUACCAACAACAAAUACAACACCAUCAAAACCAACGAAACCUACUCCACCACCUGGUCCUGAAUUCGUAUGUUAUGAAGACGGUACAUUCCGUGAUCCUUUCGAUUGUUCUGUAUUCCAUAUUUGUGAAGGAGAUAGAAAACACACUUUCUCAUGUCCACAUGAUUUAUGGUUUGAUAUUACUGUUAAAACAUGUAAUUUCAAAGAUUUAGUUGAUUGUACACCACUUCCACGUCCGAUUCAUUAA